AUGAAACUUUGUAAUAUUUUAUAUUUAUUUAUUUUAUUAUAUUAUUUAUCUUUUGUUGGUAAGACUAUAAAAAAAUCAAAAUCAAUUAUAUAUUUAUCGACGAAUGGAAACGAUACAAAAUAUUGUGGAACUAUAGAUAGACCUUGUUUUUCAACUUAUUAUGCAAUGAUUUGGUUGGAUCAUGAACCAGCCGUUCAAAUUAAUAUGCAACCUGGACGAUAUGAUUAUAGUGCCGCACCAUCAACCAUUGUUAGUGAUGUAGCGAUAGAGUUGAUCGGACUAGGUAACCAUUCAGAUCAAACACAAAUAGUUAUACCGAACAAUGGUGAUUUCUUCCUUUCAGUCUUCUCCAAUAUCACCAUCCAUAACAUUACAUUUACAGAUCAUCGUAACAAUGAAACAGUUUUUUUCAAAGAAAUGUCACCAUACGCCAGCAACUACCUCGAUGAACUCAACAAAAUGUCGUUUGGAAACUUUACCGAUUUUAGACUAUUUAAUUCAUCAUUAACACUGAAUCAUUCCAAAAUAUAUGUACACAAUUGUACAUUUCAAUUAAAUAGAUAUAAUAUUUUUCUUACAAGUGAAUUUACUUAUUUUGAAUUUCAACAUUCAAAAGUCAUUAGUAAUCGAUGGAAUUCAAUGAUUGCUUCCAAUUUCACUCAAUUCCUAAUGGAAAAGACUCUUUUUAUGUAUAAUAGAUCAACCUAUGGAAUGGUUACAAGUCAAUUAAUAUCAAUUCAAACAUCUUUAGUAGUGGAUAAUACUUUUUUCAAUUUGAAUAUAGCAACUGGUGCUUCCGGUGUUGCCUAUUUAUCAGAUGAUUCAAUAUCAAAUUUUACAACAUGUAUUUUUAAUGGAAAUUAUGCACCAGGUAGUUCAGAUAUCGGAUCAUCCAGUGAUUCAUUGGUUAUCGAAGGAACUAUUUUUCAAAACACAGUAAAUCCAUCAAUUUCAAUUUCAAUUUAUGCCAACGGUCAAAUCAUAGUCUACGAUGUAGUAUUUACCAAUAUGAGUGGAACAAUAAUAUCAUCAGACUCUACUUCAUUCAUUGCAUUAAUUGAUACUCGUUUUUUAAAUAUUCAAGGUAGAGUGUUGGAAUCUUAUGGAAAAGGUUCAGCGAUUCUAUCAGCAAUUACAGUUCAUAAUUGUAGUACAAUCGAUGAGAUGUUUUUAUUCGCAAAUAAUGUACAAAUAUUUAUUUUCGACGCAAUUGUAGAGCAAAAUAACUUUUCAAGUUUUCUUUUUAUGGAGUAUAACACCUUUUUGGCAAUGGGUUCAUCUCACUUCCUCGAUAACAAUGCAUAUAUUUCAUUGAUUGGUGGUUACAACAAAUACGGUAUUUAUAUAGAGAAAACAGAAUUUUUAAAAACAACUGGUACCUUUAGAGGAUCAGUUUUAGAAUUAGAUCAAACUGGUAAUAUUACUGUCAUUGAUUCACAAGUGAUUGCAAAUCAAUCACCCAACGGUCCAUUUAUUUAUUAUGUUAAAAACAGUACUUUUGAUAUCCAAUGCUUUUCAAGAUUUGAAAACGAUAUAUUCUUUGAUAACUACGCCUAUCGAACGGGUGCUCUGAUUUUCUACGAUUCUCAAGAAUUGGUCUGUCCAUUUACUUGUGAGAAUUGUUAUGCGCUGAACUCCACUGCCCAAUAUGGAGAAAUACUAAACAGUGCAUACUACACAUUCACAGUGAAUAUUGUAUCAUCGAUUUAUACACCGGAAAAUGUUCAAGUGCUAAUUACAGCACUCGAUGCGUUUGGAAAUGUCUAUCGUGGUUCGACAGGCGUCGAGUUUACAGUGGACAACCAACUUUGCCCGAAUGUUAACCUGACUGGAAUUAGAACGGCACAGCUAGAUGUCGGUGGCAGACCGAUUCUUUAUAACCUGGGAAUCAGUGGUAUACCAGGUACCUCUUGUAAUCUCAGGUUCCAAUCGAAUCCACCCGCCGCCAACGGAUAUAUCUACAGGAAUAUCUCGAUUGAAAAAUGUAUCAAAGGCUACGGUCCUUACUUGGUGGUUGACACCUACUACUGUCUGAAAGAAUCGAAAGUUUCCGAUUGGGUAAAGAUAUUAUUCACCGUUCUUGCCGUCGUUCUGAUGAUUGCCGAUUUUGGAAUGGCAGUGAUCGCAAUCAUCUACAGAAACAAUCGAAUUAUCAGGUAUACCAAUAUGGUGUUUCUUUGGACAAUGAUAGUUGGAAUAUUCGUCAUACUCCUAUCAAUCAUAUUCCUUUAUCUCAUUGGUGAUUUUCAGUGUAUUCUGCGUGUAAUCUUAUUACCAGCCGGUCUUUUCAUAUGUGCAUUAUCAAUCAUAGUAAAGGAAUGGAAGAUUUGGUCAUCAAGAAAACAAUUGAAAUUUCAAAAGAAACAAAUUAUGGAUACAAAAUAUUUUUUAAAAUAUUUUGCUAUUUUAUCAAUUCCAACUAUUAUUAUAUUAUUACUAUAUUCGUGUGUACUUGUAUAUAGAAGUAAACAUUAUAGAACUUCCCCAGGUACAUUUAAUGAACCAACAUAUAUUGGUGUUUUGAUUUACAAUUAUAUUAUUAUUCUUGUGAUUUUAAUCCCAUUAAGAUUCUCUUUUACCAAUAAUGCAAAUGCUCAAUUCAUAGUGAUCUGUGCCUCUGUUAUUAUAUUUGCACUAAGUACAAUCGGUUUACUUUUUAUUCCUAAACUGAUUCUAAUAUUUAGAAAAGAUAGAGUAGUUUUAUCAUUAAGAAAGUUUAUUGAAGAGCAAGAAAAACAAUUGGAUAGAAAUAGAGAUAUCCUAAGAUUCUACGAAAUGUAUGGUGAUGAGAAUGGUAAAUUAAACUUUGCAAUUCACGAUAUAUUUACACCAGAAUCGAUAACACCAAGUUCAACUCCAACGAUUUCACCUGUUGACGCUAACAACACAGAUAACAAUCCACCCAACAACUCUGAAAAAACAACAAUAUAUAAUCAAAAUAUUUCUUUUAAUUUACCUGAUCCAUCAGAUAAUAAUAAUAAUAAUAAUAAUAAUAAUAAUAAUAAUAAUAAUAAUAAUAAUAAUAAUAAUAAUAAUAAUAGAAAUAGUAUACCGAAUGGAAAUAAUGAACAACCAACAAAAUCUAGAAGUAGAAACAAUAGUAUAUCGAUAAACAAACAGAGCAACACAACAAAUAGACCAAGAAAAGAUGUUGAUGCAACUGUAGCUACAUCAUUCUUUAACGAUGCCAACAAAAUGGAUUCACCCAAAAUGGAAUUUCUAAGAAGGAAAUACAAAUCAGAACCAACAUCUCCAUUAUAUACUUCUAAUGGAUCUUAA